UGUAGGGACUGGUUUGUUUAGGAAAGAGGAAGAGGUGGACAUGAAAGCACCAUCUUACACACACAGACAAAGUCUUUAGUCCAGGUUGCUGCCUCGUUGUGCAAGUGGAGAAGAAUCUGAGUUUUUGGACUUAAGUUAAACUGGAAGUAAUGGGAGCAACUUGGAUCUCAUGGAGAACGACUACAGUUGUCAUCAUUACUAUACUACAAAUCCGAGCUUUGAUCAGUGUCAAAACAAAAGCUGUUACCGGUGUGGAAGGCCAGAGAUUUGACUUCAGAUGUGACUAUAGAAAGGACCUGCAGUACAAUACUAAGUAUUUCUGCUAUGACAAUGAUGACAAGGUGUCCACCAACCCCCUGGUAAGGACAGCAAAACAUGACCAGUGUGAGACAAAUGAACGUUUCUCUCUGCACGACAACCACAACGGAGCCUUCUUCAUUGUCAGUGUGGACAAACUCAUCUUGGAGGACAGCGGGACGUACCGGUGUGGGGUGUACAUUACAUCCCUCCCUGAUGAGAUCAGUUUCAUAAAACUGAAUGUUACCACAGUAGCAAAGCCUCCAGAAAAUCUAUUGCAACACAUAAAUGGAUCCCCCAUAUUUCCCAAGGAUGUCACAGUGGACAAGCUCCACCUGCCGCUGUUUGUGACUGCAGUGAUGUGUAUUACAGCAAUGCUGUUUAUAUGUAUGUUCACACUUGGUCUUCUUCUGACUGUUAAACACCAAAGACCUGGCCCACGCCAGAAUAGAGAGACAUCAUCUGACUACGAGACAAUGAUGCCUGUUGUCACAACUGAACCUGAACUCUGCUGCAACUUUUCGGCUCCAGACUGCGCUGAUAUCUCAGCUUUACCGGCGCCACCACCUGACCUCUGCUCCCACUUUACAUCAAACCAUCGGGAUUCUACUGUCACUCUCGGCCUCGGUGAAUAUGUUGAUGUGGAUGGACCAAAGCACAUCUGCCAGUACCAGCAUCUGGAUCCCAGCCGGUUGGAGGAGCACGUCUAUCACAGCCUUCAUGGAAACUGUGAUCCUAAAGAUGUACCUUUGGGAGUCAAAGAGCAGAUUAACAGUUAUACUGUUGAAGGAUAGUUCAUGGUUAAUUGCAACCGAUGGCAAGUUAACUUUGGUUUUCUUGUUGCCAUGUGCCCGGUGAAAUCUUUUUUUCAUAUAUUUAAUUGUAAAUAGGAAUAAUGACCAAAACGACAAAAGUAAGACCCUGAAACCAAAAUUAUUCUUUACAGUGUGUAUAAUGAUAAUUCCAGAGGCUCAAUACUCUUUUAGCCGGAGCUAUUCUUUUAUUGAGUGCAGUUUUUGGAAGUAUAUUCACAAAACUCUCGCGACAACAUGCAAGACAAUGGCAAAAUCUCACUCAUUCAUUGUGUUACCGUAAAAGCCAUAGUAAUGAACAGGCACAUAAC